CGCGCCGGGGGGACCGGCCCCGAUGAAGCGGAAGGAGAAGCGGCUCCUGCAGGCUGUGGCGUUGGGGCUGACGGCCCUCGUCUUCCUGCCCAACGUGGGUCUGUGGGCUCUCUACCGGGAGAGGCAGCUGGAGAGCGGCCCCGAGGGUGCCGAGGCGGCAGCGGCGGUCAGAGCGGGGGUCGCACAGGGACAACAAAGAAGACAAAGGAAGGACAUCUAUUUUGGAGAUGGCCAGAGGAGAAAAGACUGGCAUGAUAAAGAAGCAAUAAGAAAGGAUGCUGAGCGAGUAGGAAAUGGAGAACAAGGAAAGCCUUAUCCCAUAACAGAUGCAGAAAGAGUGGACCAGGCAUACAGAGAAAAUGGAUUUAACAUCUUCAUCAGUGAUAAAAUUGCUCUGAAUAGAUCCUUACCUGAUAUCCGGCACCCAAACUGCAACAACAAACUGUACCUAGAGAAGCUCCCUAACACCAGUAUUAUCAUCCCAUUCCACAAUGAAGGUUGGUCCUCCCUCCUGCGUACUGUCCACAGUGUACUAAACCGUUCUCCUCCAGAGUUGGUGGCUGAGAUUGUGCUGGUGGAUGACUUCAGUGACCGAGAACACCUGAAGAAGCGUUUGGAAGAUUACAUGGCCCAGUUUCCGAGUGUAAGAAUCCUCCGAACCAAGAAGAGGGAAGGGCUCAUAAGGACUCGGAUGUUGGGGGCUUCAGUGGCCAUUGGAGAUGUCAUUACAUUUUUGGACUCACACUGUGAAGCUAAUGUCAAUUGGCUUCCACCCUUACUAGACCGCAUCGCUUCGAACCGAAAGACCAUCGUGUGCCCGAUGAUUGACGUGAUCGAUAACGAUCACUUUGGGUAUAAGACACAGGCCGGGGAUGCCAUGCGGGGAGCAUUUGACUGGGAGAUGUAUUACAAGAGGAUCCCCAUCCCUCUGGAAUUACAGAAACCUGACCCCAGUGAUCCAUUUGAGUCUCCUGUAAUGGCUGGAGGACUAUUUGCUGUGGAUCGAAAGUGGUUCUGGGAGUUGGGAGGGUACGACCCUGGCCUGGAGAUCUGGGGUGGAGAACAGUAUGAAAUCUCCUUUAAGGUGUGGAUGUGUGGAGGCCGAAUGGAGGACAUUCCCUGCUCCAGAGUGGGUCAUAUCUACAGGAAAUAUAUCCCCUACAAGAUCCCCACAGGAGUCAGCCUGGCCCGGAAUCUGAAACGAGUGGCAGAGGUGUGGAUGGAUGAAUAUGCAGAAUACAUUUACCAGCGCCUUCCAGAGUACCGCCAUCUCUCCACAGGGGAUGUCUCUGCCCAAAAGGAUCUGCGAAACCACCUAAACUGCAAAAGCUUCAAGUGGUUCAUGACUGAAAUUGCCUGGGACCUGGCCAGGUUUUAUCCUCCGGUGGAGCCCCCAGCAGCAGCCUGGGGAGAGAUCCGUAAUGUAGGCACCCAGCUGUGUAUAGGCACAAAACAUGGUGCUCCAGGCUCCCCUCUGAGAUUAGAAAGCUGCGUCAAAGGCCGAGCGGAGGCAGCAUGGAGUAAUGUGCAGGUGUUUACCUUCAGUUGGAGAGAAGAUAUCCGCCCUGGAGACCCCCAGCACACCAAGAAGUUUUGUUUUGACACUGUAUCCCAUAGCAGUCCUGUCACACUCUAUGAUUGUCAUGGCAUGAAAGGGAACCAGCUAUGGAAAUAUGGAAAUGACAAGACUCUGUAUCAUCCCGUCAGUGCUGGCUGCAUGGACUGUAGUGAGAGUGAUCACAGGAUCUUCAUGAAUACCUGCAACCCAUCAUCUCCCACACAGCAAUGGAUAUUUCAGUACACAAACUCAACUGUCCUGGAAAAAUUCAACAAGAACUCUGACCUAUAAGCAUAGCAAAUAUAUGUGUGUGCCUAUAUGUGUCUGUGUGUGUAUAUAUAUGUAUAUGUGUAUAUAUGCAUAU